CGCUCAUCUCCAUCGUUCGUCGUCGUCCGCUUUCCAAUGGCCAAGAUACCACGGAAUUUCCGCCUCCUGGAAGAACUGGAGAAGGGCGAGAAGGGCAUUGGCGAUGGCUCGUGCUCGUACGGUCUCGAGGAUGGAGACGAUAUCAUGAUGACCCACUGGAACGGCACGAUCAUUGGCCCUGGACAUACCGUGCAUGAGAACCGAAUCUACAGUCUCAAGAUCACCUGUGGCGAGAGCUACCCAGAACAGCCCCCGACUGUGCAAUUCGUCUCUCGGGUUAACCUUCCGUUCGUGAGCCAAGUGGAUGGCAAAGUGGACCAUUCCAAGCUCCCCGUAUUAGCCCAUUGGAACAGAAAUAGCAGCAUCGAGACCAUCCUAGUGGAGAUCCGCAGAGAGAUGGCAUCGUUUGCCAACCGGAAGUUACCCCAGCCUCCGGAAGGGACCAUGUUCUAGGAGAUCACAUAUCUUGAGCUGAAAUCAUAUUUGACGAAGGAGUCCUGAAUAUCGGUGGUAAUUGUAUUUCUGUCAUUGAAUCAAUCCUGUCAUAUUGUAACAUUCGAAUCGCAACACACUUACACUGUA